AUGACAGUGACUACCAAGCAAGACUCCAAGUCGGAGGUGACAGAAAUUCCUGAAGUCUUUGUGGGUAAGCAGCAAAUCGACGAUGCUCUCGCUGCGGAUGUCAUCAAGCACAUGGAAGUCGCUGGCGUUUGCAUUCUGAGGAACAUCUUCGACCAGUCCAUAUUAGACCAGAUUCUUGAGGAUUUUGAGCCACAUGUGCCUAAGACUGACUCUUUUAUUGGGUACACUGCGAACGGUUGCCAGAUGACCGGUCUUGUGACCAAGUCGGAGACCUAUGCCCAAAAGGUGAUUGGCAAUAGUAUCUUCGAGAAAGUGCGCAAUCAUUUUCUCACAAGCCGUUAUGGCUGCUGGGUCCAGGAAGGUAUCCAAAUGGAAUUUGAGAAUCCGCCGCAGCUUGAUUCUACCGUUUGCUUCUACUUGAAGCCUGAUUCGCCUGACCAACUGCUGCACCGAGAUGAUCAAGGUCAUCAGAACUGGAAUGGAGCAGCCAGCGAGUAUGUUCUAGGCCGUGACUCCGGGUGCGCAAUGUUUGCUGCUCUCACGGAUGCUACAAAAGAGAAUGGCACCACGCGCUUCAUCCCUGGUAGCCAUCUUUGGGACUACAACGUGCCUCAUCCCAUUGGAAAUGACCCUCGGCUUCGCUACGCUGAGCUCAAGGCUGGGGACUGCUUUAUGAUGCUGAGCAGCGUCAUCCACGCCAGCAGCGCCAACACGACAGUGGACAACCGACGUGUUCUCCUCUCUACCCAUGUGACUAGAAGUCAUCUGCGACAAGAGGAAAACCCUUACUUGACAUACGAUAUUGAGAAAGUUCGAAAGCUUCCUGUAUGGCUGCAGAAGUUCCUCGGGUAUAACCUGCUCACACCUCUAUGCGGCUGGGUUGAUAAGAAAGACCCUCUUCUCAUCUUGAACCCCGACGCCUCUCCUGAUGAUCUAUACAAUGGGUACGGUCGAGAAUAUCUUGCCUUGAGAAAGGAGGCGGAUGAGAAGGCGGCCAUUACAGCAAGCGCCUAA